UACAUAACAAAAGUCUAUCUGCACUUAUCAUUUUCAAUAAAGUAUGACAGAAAUCUUAUCUUAUCGACGUUAUGAAGUAUGAAGUAACAAAACGUACAAUAUAAUAAAAUGUUUUGACAAGGCAACAAAGCGCAGAGAGUCAGAGACGACAGCACAACAUUACACAAUUUAUAUUGUAGGGCAGGGCCGCGAUCGUGUUUUGUUAUUGUAAUAUUAAUUUAUAAACUUUUAAAACUUCAACAUGGGAAAUUAUUUCACCUCAGGAAUGGAGGAAAACAUAAAAAAGAAUCAAGAAUUUAUGCACAGGAUAAAUAUGGAGAGGCAAAUACAACUUCAAUAUCAGAUGCAAGAGCGACAAAUGGCGAUGCAAAUUGCUAAAAGUAGGGACACCUGCCUUUGGUUAACUACAUUUUAUGUGGUUGCUGGAGUAGGCCUUAGCAGUGGGUUCAGAAGGACUAAAAGAUCAUAUUUUUUGAUACCUUUAGUACCUCUCACAUUUGUGACUCUCUACUAUUGGGAUCUUGCGUAUGGAAAUAAAAUACACAGGAUAAGAAUGGAGGCGGAACACAUCAUGACACACGAGCAAGACUCCCUCGAAUGGCCUUGUGGCCUGCCCACACCGUCGUCAAUUGACCUCGGACGUUUGGACGUAGAAGAGAAGAAGAAAAUGCAUCCCUCCUUGUUCGCGUAACUUGAUACAAAGCUCAACGAUAACGUGUGCCUUUACCGCAACUUAGAUCAGAUUUAGCGGUAGAUUAGACCUUCGUACACCGCACUUCCAAUGGCAAAAACUAGAAACUUAUGUUAUACGUUGAUGAAAAUGAAAUUACAGAACCCUUAGUACGAGUUUGCUUAACGUUCAACGAGAUCGAAACGAAAGCACGUUCGACGCUCUGAUUGGUUGGUUCAUUCCCACCGGUCAAUCAGAGCGCCAAACAGGCUUUCGUUUCGUUUUCGUUCAACGUAAAGCAAACUCAUACUAAGGGUACAGAAUAUUGUGAGACCCCUAACACGCAUUUUAGGUCUCCGUCCAUUCAAAAGUUCCUCAUUACAUUCGCUUUAAUUAAAAAUAGUUGCACAGAUGACCUAGAGCUAGACUAAUAUUACAAGGCCUAACAACUUUUCUCUCUAGGGACACGUAAUAACUAAACCAUUGUGUUUUUUUUGAAGUUUAACAACGUUGCAAUGAGGAGUAGGGUAUUAUAUAACUUAUAAUACCUAUUCUCAUUGGAGUCAAUGUCAAACUGUUCCUGACAGAGAGUUGUUAAGUUUCAGUACAGCAAUAAAGCACACUAAAGUAUUUUUCGAUACGACUCGCUGUUCAUACUAAUGUUUUCGCCAAUGGAAAAUGCGGUCUUAGUAACAGCUAGAUUUUAGAGGCACGAACUAAUAAUGUUUAAGUGGUAGUUUCAUUGAAAUCAUUGAAAAAUUCGUAUUUCGAUCAAGUAUUACGGUUUUUUCUCCUUUUUAAAGUCGUUAUUAUCCAAUCCGAUAUCGUUUUUACAAGUCAUCAUGACUAUGAUGGUACGAUUGAUAUAACGAAGGCCAAUAUGGAGUAUUUUUUUGCAAAAAAUAUACAAAUAAGUGUGUAUGUGUGUGUGUGUACUUAGUAUUCGGUUACUGUUUGGCUUUUAUGCUAUUUAUUUAAAUGAAUCAAAAAGAAAAAUUUUAUCUCCACUCGCCAAUAUUGGUCCCAUAAAUUGGGUUUUAAAUUAAUGUACUUAGUACUUAUUAGCCGCCUGAAAAUUAGGAAAUAAUCGGAGUUUGUUAGGGCUUACAAUUAAAAAAGUCAACUUUGGUGUGUUUGUGUGAAAUUCGAAAUUCUUAGAAUAGAUUUAUUUUGUUGUUGAUUUGGGGACGAAGUUGCAAUACCUUAGUGAAAGGGAUUAAAUUAUUUCUUGUGAAGUAUCCCUUGUCUUUGCUGUGAAGUUGUCAGAAAAACCGGUUAGGCAGUGGCUUGAGCGGUUUUUCUUUUAAGGAAUGAGAAAAUUCCUACUUUUCCAAAAUCAAUAAGCUGUUAAAACAUUCAUUUGUACGUUUUUGGGUACAAUUUUAUUUGUAUUUCAGAGGAAAUAUUUUGUUAAGUAUUUUUAUUUUCUUGUUAUAUAUGAGCAAUAUUAUUUAUCAUGUUUGUUAUGCACAUUGUAGAUUUAUUUUUAUAUUUGAUGGAUCGACGAUAGCAGUUUAUUUUUAGGGUAUUUAUUUUUGUUUAUCGUAUAAGAUAAAUACUUAUCAAUUCAAUAUUGCCAAUAAGUGCAUACCUAUUAUCUACAAGUGUAUCAGAAAAUACUAAUCCUAAAUACGAUAAUAUUAAUAAUAUUCGUGUUCAAGUCUUUCCAUUAAUACUCUAUGAAACUUUACUUCAUAUUAUAUUAUGAACUUUAUGCAUUUAUUAAAUAACCAUUUUAGUGAAAUACUUAAGUAUUACAAGACAAAUAUUAGAUGUAAUUCCUCACAAUUUUAGCGUGUUACUUAUCAGAUUGACUGUAAUAUUAUUGUUAAAUAAAAUAAAGAAAUUAAAUAAAUAUAA